AUGUCGCCUAUCCCCUCUCGUGAACUCGGAAAGGGCGGCCCCCUAGUCCCCCGCAUAGGCUUCGGUAUGAUGGGCCUCUCUAUGAGCUAUGGCAAGCCUAUGCCCGACGAGCAAAGGCUUGAACUCCUUGACCACGCCCACUCCAUCGGGGAAACUUUCUGGGAUACUAGCGACUUCUACGGAGAUUCGGAAGAUCUGAUAGGGAAAUGGUUCGCCAGGACUGGCAAGCGCUCUGAUAUCUUCCUCGCUACCAAAUUCGGCGGUAUACUACUAGGAGAAGGGGGCUUUGCUUUCCGCGGCGACGCGGCAUAUGUCCACGAGGCGUGCGACAAGAGCUUGAAGCGUCUAGGCGUAGACUACAUCGAUCUAUGGUAUCCGCACCGGCUGGACGGCAGCACGCCGGUUGAGCAUAUCGUAGCUGAGAUGGUCAAGAUGAAGGAACAAGGCAAAAUCCGCUACCUAGGCUUAUCUGAAGUAUCAGCAGCGACACUACGGCGUGCUCAUGCCAUACACCCGAUCAGUGCUGUGCAAGUCGAAUACAGUCCCUUCACAACCGAAAUCGAGGACUCCCAAACCAACCUCCUCGCCACAUGUCGGGAGCUCGGCGUCGCCGUCGUAGCUUACUCGCCGCUCUCGCGCGGCCUCCUCAGCGACCGCAUCAAGAGCCCAGCCGACUUCGAAGCGGACGACGUCAGACGCUACUACCCGCGCUUCUCGCCGGACAACUUCCCCAAGAACAUGGCUGUGGUCGAGGAGCUGAAGACGAUGGCGGCUAGAAAGGGGUGCACCGCCGCCCAACUGGCGCUCGCGUGGCUGCUUAGCCAGGGAGACGACAUCUUCCCGAUCCCGGGGACUACGAAAACUGCGACGUUGGACGAGAACUGCGCAGCUGCGUCGAUCUCGCUCUCGACGGAGGAGGUUGCGCGGAUCCGGACCCUCGUCGAAACUGCCUCGUGUCCCGGCGCCCGUUAUCCGCCGGAGCAUAGUCUCGCUCUGUUCGCUGAUACACCGCUGCCCGAGGAUUAUGCCCGAAACAAGGAGGAUCGUGGUCGGGUUUUGAUCACCGGCACCAUAUAUAAACCAAGCACGACUACGGAUCGUGACUGAAGUGGAGGCACAAACAAGUUACAUCGUGGGUUCUAUAUUAUUAGGAGUAGGCUAUACGUGGAUAGUUAUAUUGUUUAACCGUAUUAAAUACAUUAGCUUGCCACUCUUACUCCUAUUACCUUAGGUACUUUUAUUGGCACAUUAUAUCCGAUAUAUCUCAACGUUGCUUCUCCCUAAGCUAUUUCUUCUAAUAGUCC